ACUAGAAAACUUUUAUUUUGAAAUACAAACUGCGUAAAGAGGAAGUAGCCCUACUUUAGACACGCGAGCUGAAGUUGAAUCAAAGUUACCGAUGGCUCGCAGCUAACGCUAGUGAUGGUCCACUUUCUCCUUUAUUUAUAUGAAAUUAAAAAGGGCGUUUGGUGGAGGUAUACAACACGCGGAGCGGUGAGCGAAACGCCUGCUGAACAAUGUCAAAAACGGAGUGCAAAGCAGCCGAAGAGAUGACACAAGCGAUGGAAGAAACUAUGCGGCGAUUACAGGAACGUUUUCAAGCCAUCUCCGAACAUUUGGAAGUGAAAAUAGACGAGAUGGGAACACGAAUCAGCGGUCUGGAGGAAAACGUGACGGAGCUCAUGUCGCAAGCCGCCGCGGACGAUCAAUCCAUUUCCAAGGAGGCCGACCUUCUCUCUCAAUAGAUUCCACGUCGCAAAACCCCAAAGAGAACACAACUACACGGAUGUAGCUAAAAAUGUAUUAAAUGCCAAACAAAAACACACUUCUUCACUACCUCUAUGCAGCAUUUAAAAUGUUUUGUUAUCAUUGAAUAACGUACAGUAUUUGGUGCACGAUACUGAAACUGCAAACUUUUGACACUUUAAAACAAAAUGCCUUUGAUAUGCUUCUUUUUUUUUUUUUUUUUAAGGGUGAGCAAUACGAGAACCACACGGUCUCAAAAUGUUUUUGAAAAAUAAAAAGUAAAAUAGUUAUACAGGUGCAUCCCAAUGAAUUUUGAAUAGAACUCAAAGAUAUAUCAUUCAAAUCAGUACGAAUUACCUGUCACCUCAAAAAAGGAAACUAGUAGGUUACAAGUCAUUGUGCACACAGUAUUUUUGCAAUCUGUUUAUGAAAUUAACUUUUUAAAUUCAACUACCAAAGGCAACUUAUUGAAAUGCACCUGUAUACAGUAUCUGAAAUAAAGUUUUUUAAAAAAUUCAUGAAAAUGAAUCUAAUGAAGUCUUCGGUGAAUCUAUGCAAGUUCCAUCAUUUUUCCCCAAACAGUUAUCCUUUCCUUUUGUUUUAUGAAAUUGCCAAAAUAUGCAAAUAAAUUUCCUUAUAAACAUGCUGUACGGUCUAUUUAAAAAAAAAAAAAACUGGUGCAUUGGCGCCCUCUAGUGGUACCAGCAGCUCGCCGCAGUUUUGCUUCCCGCUGUCCAUGGUGCUGAUUUUGUUUUUCCACAUUUGUAGAAAAAUCCAAUUUUAAUUUCAGCAUCCGCGUUCAAAUUACAUUUCCCCGUUCAAUAAAGUUAUUAAUGUAUAUCCCAUACUUCCUGUCAAUAAUAUUUGCGCUGUACAAAUGUUUUUAAUGAAAACAUGAAAAUGUAAAAAAUUAUACAGUGCCAUUUAGUAUUUGUGUACUGAUGCGUGCCGUUCAGGGGUGCGGCCGAGUGUGUCAUCAUCCGGGUUGAUGGGUAAAUUCAACGUGAUCAUUUGUUCCUUGUACGUGUUGUCAUUUUUUUUUUUCAGUAAACCGCUGAAAUUACUGUACAACGGCAAUUAUGUUCCUUGCCUUGUCCACGUGCGAGGGCAUUGUAGUACUUUUGUUUUCCCCUUCACUCCAGAGGUGGCGUAUCUGCAGUUCGCUCAGAAUUUAGAAAUCUAAAAAAAAAAUCGACCAUGUGACUGCUUGUUAGUACUAAAAAUAAAACUCGUGGGCGCUAAUAAACCAAAGGUACCAUUGUGAAGUCAAGGUAAGCGUAGUUACAGUGGGUGUCCUGUAGAUGUCAGUAUUUAUCAAAGCUACAUAGUACAUUUAUGUGUCCACAGACGGAUGUUUGUGUACUUCAGAGAGUAAAACUAAAACACUCACUAUCACAGCUGCCAGGAUGCUGCUCGUCGGCUCUGUUGCUAUGGUAACCACAACUGUGGCUUAGUCUCUAGAGUUGUUCUUUUUAUUAUUAUUUUUUUUUUGAACAGGGUCUAUGGGUGUUUCUGUUCUGAAGUGAAGGGAUUGUGAGCACAACGGACACCGGCAACAGUACACAACACCGUGAAGUGGCGAGUGGGUGUUUGUUGAUGGGAGGCUGAGAGCUUCAACCUUGCAGGUCCUCUCUACCGGGUCGGAUGGGUCACUCUUUGCUCCCCAUUGGGGGGAGCACUUCAGACGUGUGUGGAUGUGUGUGUGUUUGCCUCUUUCAGCCUCUUUUCUUAUAAUACUUUGACCCUAUUCACUUAGCUGUUGAAGUACAAUGUAAAUGUGCUUGUCGUCUCAAGUGCCUGCCUCGCGGUUCCCAUUCGCACGUGGAAUCCAUACACGCAGUCUGUACUGUAUGUCUGCCAUAACUCAAUUUACGUCUAAGUGUAAAAGUUAAAUUUCACAAAAAACAUGUAACAUUAAAACACAAAAUCUCACCUUGUAAAACAGUGUUGUUGAUUUUUAUUUUCUACAGCUCCCCACUUUUAGAGUACCACUCAAGAAAAGACCCGCACUAUUGCUUUGUUGGGGCGAAUGAUCCAAUUAAAUGAUUCAAUAUAAUGUGGUGCAUAAAAAAACGGACAUUUGUACCUGAUUAAAACUUUAAAAGCAAACCGUUCUUAAAGAUGAAAUGGCAAAGCGUUGCACUAAAAAGUUGAAGACAUCUGAACUGUACUUUUUUAAAUGUGUGCCACUACAUCAGGGUUGCUCAAUGCGUCGAUCGCGGGACGGCACACCAUUUUUUUUGUU